GGAGGGGGAAAGUCCGCGCGGAGCCGGGCGGCGGCACGCCGGGUUACAUGGCGCGGCGCUGAGGGACCGCCGGCGGCACAGCACGACGAGGAGGAGACGCCGCCAGCUCUGCCCCGGACUUAAAAUGGCAGCAGAAGAUUCCUAUAUCAUGGGAGUAUCUGAUCCCCAAAUGUUUGCGGUGGAUCAGUUCAUGGGAAUGAAUGCUUUAUUUAACAGUACAAAUUACAUCACUUCAGACUUACCACUACGAACAGCAGAUGGACCAUAUCUUCAGAUCAUAGAACAACCAAAACAGAGGGGAUUUCGUUUCCGAUAUGUAUGUGAAGGGCCUUCGCAUGGCGGGCUUCCUGGUGCUUCUAGUGAAAAGAACAAAAAAUCAUACCCUCAGGUCAAAAUCUGCAAUUAUGUUGGACCUGCAAAAGUAAUUGUGCAGUUAGUAACUAAUGGGAAAUACGUCCACUUACAUGCUCACAGCUUGGUGGGUAAAUUCUGCGAAGACGGAGUGUGCACGGUUACCGCAGGACCCAAGGACAUGGUUGUAGGGUUUGCAAAUCUUGGAAUACUCCAUGUCACGAAGAAGAAAGUAUUUGAAACUCUGGAAACACGCAUGAUAGAUGCUUGCAAGAAGGGAUAUAACCCGGGACUCCUGGUGCAUCCGGAACUCAGCUAUCUGCAGGCAGAAGGAUGUGGAGACAGGCAGCUAACUGAACGGGAGAGAGAAAUCAUCCGUCAGGCAGCCAUCCAGCAGACCAAGGAGAUGGAUCUCAGUGUGGUGCGGCUCAUGUUCACAGCCUUUCUCCCCGACAGCAACGGCAGCUUCACACGGAAACUUGAUCCCGUUAUAUCAGAUGCAAUAUAUGACAGCAAAGCUCCCAAUGCCUCCAACCUGAAAAUUGUAAGAAUGGACAGAACAGCAGGGUGUGUGACAGGAGGGGAAGAGAUUUACCUGCUCUGUGACAAGGUUCAGAAAGAUGAUAUUCAAAUACGUUUCUAUGAAGAGGAUGAGAAUGGUGGUAUGUGGGAAGGUUUUGGAGAUUUUUCUCCUACAGAUGUACACAGACAGUUUGCUAUUGUGUUUAAAACACCCAAGUAUCGAGAUGUCAAUAUCACAAAACCAGCAUCUGUAUUUGUACAACUGCGUAGGAAAUCUGAUCUAGAAACAAGUGAACCAAAGCCUUUUCUCUACUAUCCAGAAAUCAAAGAUAAAGAAGAAGUGCAAAGGAAGCGACAGAAGCUCAUGCCGAACUUCUCCGAUGGCUAUGGGGGAGGCAGUGGCACCGGAGGUGGUGGCAUGUAUGGAGGGGCAGGUGGCAGUGCUGGCUCUGGGUUCAGUUUUCCUUCAUAUGGAUACUCUGCUUUUGGGGGGAUGCAUUUCCAUCCUGGCACAACAAAGUCCAAUGCUGGCAUGAAACAUGAAGGUCUAUCAAAUUGCACAACUGAACAAGACAGAAAGAGCUGUGAUAAACAAAGUGACGAAUGGGACAUGAAACGUGAUGUGAAGGUGGAAACUGUGGAGAGGACUGAAUGCCGAACGUCUGCUCUUAAUGAGAAAAAGGAGGAUUCUGUUUUUUCCUGUAAGACUGAAGUAAGCGAAGCAGAUUGCAGGUGGCAGGGUGCUCUGUUCCUGGAGAAGGCCAUGCAGCUUGCCAGGCGCCACUGCAACGCUCUCUUUGAUUAUGCUGUAACUGGAGAUGUGAAGAUGCUGCUGGCAGCUCAGCGUCAUCUCACCGCUGUCCAGGAUGACAAUGGGGACAAUGUCCUUCAUUUAGCAAUUAUCCACCUUCACGCUGAGCUGGUGAAAAACCUCUUGGAAGUGAUGCCCGAUUUGAAUUACAAUGACAUCAUUAACAUGAGAAAUGACCUCUAUCAGACCCCCCUGCACCUGGCAGUAAUCACAAAGCAGGCAAAGGUGGUGGAAGACUUGCUGAAGGCUGGAGCAGAUGUCAGCCUUCUGGAUCGCCAUGGCAAUUCUGUCUUACAUUUAGCUGCUACUGAAGGAGAUGACAAGAUUUUGAGUCUACUCCUCAGGCAUGAGAAAGUAUCUCCGAUGGUCAACCUCCCCAAUGGUGAAGGUCUCAGUGCAGUUCACAUGGUGGUGAUGGCAAAUAGCAUGUCCUGCCUCAAACAUCUGAUUGCUGCUGGAGUUAACAUCAAUGCUCAGGAACAAAAAUCUGGACGAACUGCAUUGCAUUUGGCUGUUGAACAAGAGAACGUCCCCUUGGCAGGCUGCCUUUUGCUUGAGGGUGAUGCAGAUGUGGACAGCACUACAUAUGAUGGGACAACUCCACUUCACAUAGCAGCUGGAAGGGGCUCAACAAAAUUGGCAGCAGUUCUCAAAGCAGCAGGUGCAAAUCCUCACAUUGAGAACUUUGAGCCAUUGUUUGAUUUAGAUGAUGUGAAAGAUGGUGAAGAUGAUGAUGAAGGGAUUGUGCCUGGAACAACACCACUGGAUAUGGCAGCCAACUGUGAGGUGUAUGACAUAUUAAAUGGCAAACCCUAUGAAUCAGCAGAGGUUUUGGAGGACUUACUCACACAAGGACAUUUGAGAGAGCUGAAUGAGAAUUCUAAGAUGCAGCUUUACAAACUAUUGGAAUUGCCUGAUCCAACCAAAAACUGGUCCACCCUAGCACAAAAACUGGGUCUUGGCAUACUUAAUAAUGCCUUCAGGUUGAGCCCUUCCCCAUCAAAGACUCUGCUGGAUAACUAUGAGGUUUCUGGCGGUACAGUUCAAGAGCUGAUCAUGGCUUUGCGACAGAUGGAUCACACAGAAGCCAUAGAAAUAAUUCAGGAAGCACUAUCCAUCUCACACAGACCAUCUCCCCUGGAGCACAGUACAGCAAAAGCUCUUCCAUCAUCAUCACCACUCACUUUUGCAAAUGGAGAGACAGGUGAGCUCGAUAAUAGCAGAUUCCAAGACACCGAAAGUACAUGUGACAGUGGUGUGGAGACCUCCUUCCGCAAGCUGAGUUUCACUUACUCAGACUCUCUGAACAGCAAGUCCUCACUAACACUUGGCAAAAUGGCCCUGGGCUAUGGACAUGAAAGUUCAGGGCAAAGCAACUACAUAGCUGACUAGUGAUCUUCAAUUAGCAAUGUGCAGUUACAGGAACAAAUGGGACAUUUCAAAUGACAUCAGUGUCAUCCUGGCCAGAGGGAAGGGAACUCACAACCAAAAGUGCACUGGACAAUCCCACCUGAACAAAUGGCAACUGCAGCAUGUGACUCCUGGCCACUGAUUUCUUCCUCAAGUACAUUUAAUUGUGUUCAUUUACAAGCCAUUUACAAUAACCAGGGCUCCUCUGCUGCAUUAAUACACAGGACUGGACGCUGUGAAAGACUUGACUGAGCUUUCCUGGUCUGUGAAGAUUUUUUACAGAUCAAAAAGAAGUUGUUAAUGCAUAAUACAAACUUACUAAAGAGUUUAAGCACACGAGCAAGAGGAUACAGUUUCUAGCUGCUCUCUUUGUAAUUGCUGCAGCACAGUUGCAUGCAAACAGCUUAUAAAAAUAGCUGGCAAAGAAAAAUCAUUAAUCACAACAGUGACAACUCAAGAGAAAAAACAGAAUCCUAAAAGAAUCCUGUAUAUUUCAAAUAAUGUAUUUAAACUUAACUUUGGUGCCUUUUAUUCAAAUUUUUUUUCAAGUUUGGCA